GCCAUGUUAGUUUGUCGUCAUACAAGCAAAUAGGUUGUCAUUGAUGAGUUUUAUAUUUUUUUACACGAAUUUUUAUGUGAUUGACUAAUAUAGAGUGAAAUUAAAAUAUAUUAAAACAAAUAUUUUAUAUCGUUGUCUAUCUAAAAUUGAUUUGUUUUGUGUUUUGACUGGUUAGUGUUCAAGGGUCUAAUUCGGAGAGACUUUUUUCAUUUAUGUGCCUUUAUAUUAGAAGCUGGCUGUGUCUUAUCGCCGUAGUAACUGACUAACAAACCAUUAAUCUUCCGCCCAAUCAUUUCCGAAAUAUCACGGGACAUAUUUUCGGAAAAAUAAUUUAGGAAAACUGUAAAACAAAAUUAAUCAAGAUGAGAAGACAGCGCGACGAAAUGCAAGUAAACGUCGCAGGCCUGCGCAGAAAUAUAAAGAAUCUUGCGCAUAACUAUUCAGAUGCUCAGAUCAAAGUUCGAGAGGCAACCUCAAAUGACCCAUGGGGACCCAGUUCGACUAUUAUGUCAGAAAUCGCCGACUUGACCUACAACGUCGUAGCAUAUACGGAAAUAAUGCAAAUGGUUUGGAAAAGACUUAACGAUCAUGGAAAAAACUGGAGGCAUGUUUAUAAAGCACUAGUUCUACUAGAAUAUUUGAUCAAAACUGGCAGUGAAAAAGUGGCACAACAAUGUAAAGAAAAUAUCUUUGCCGUUCAGACUUUGAAAGAUUUUCAGUAUAUGGAAGAAGGUAAAGAUAAAGGGGUAAAUGUUAGAGAAAAGGCAAAGCAAUUAGUUACUUUGUUGCGUGAUGAGGAGCGUUUGAGAAAUGAACGUGCAAGAGCAUUGAAAGCCAAGGAACGGUUCGCUCAGUCGGCAAGCGCCUUCGGAAGUGACGGCGGUGAUCGAUCACCUGACAAUUUUCGACCAGCCGAAUGGUGCGCCACUCCUCCGCCGACCCAUGCCAGUCCGUUGUCUUCACGUGAAAUGGAGUCGGCAAGACCACAAACAGCUGGUGAAGAAGAAUUACAAUUGCAACUAGCCUUGGCAAUGAGCCGCGAAGAAGCAGAGCAGGAAGAGCAGAGGCGCAGGAGCGACGACGUUAGAUUACAAUUAGCGCUUAGCCAGAGCCAACAAGAUUUUCGACCGCAAACGCAAACGUCAUCAACUUCUAGCAAUAUGGUUGAUCUUUUGGACGUAUCUUUAAGCGAUUUGGGCGCAUCAGCACCACCUGCAUCAGACCCAUGGGGACUACCACCUCCGACAAGUGCUAAAAUACAAAAUAAUGUAGAAUUUGAUCUUUAUGGGAGAUUAAUUCAGUCGGAUCCAUGGAACACAACAACAAGUCCAGUAGCAGACCCAUGGUCCAAAUCAAACAAUUCUCAACACAGAUCACAAACUGCUGCAGUGGAUCCGUGGGCACCUGCUAGUCAUAGUAACACUACAAGUCCCUUAGGAUUCCGAGAUCCAGCCAAUAUGAGUCCACUCUUACAGUCUACUGAGCGGCCUUCCCCGCUUGGUGCACCAAACAAUUUGUCCAGCCCUAGCAGUGAUUUAAGUGAAUUUGACAUCAUAACAAAUAGAAACAAAAAUGAAAGUUUAGCAGAUUCAAAUUUAAACAAUGGAAAGAGUCCAAAUAAUAAUACUAAUGGAAAUGAUCCUUUUGAUUUAGGACAUCUUGAUGAUUUAUUGGGGGGACCUAUUUCAAAUGACGACCAAAAUGCUGGAAAAUCUACAGGCUGCAUAAAGAAAACUCCACAAAGUUUCUUAGGGGAAAAUAGUGCACUUGUCAACUUGGACAACCUAAUCAAACCUACACCACCAAUGCCCACAGCUAAUCCUGCUCCUUUUGGAACUGCAAAUCCUUUCCAAGAUUUGAAUGCUGCACAGCCACCUGUUAAAAAUAAUCUAUUCCAGCAACAAAUGCAACCAGUUAAACCCAGUAUGAAUCAGAUAAAACAACCUCCUUUUGCAUUAAAUGAAGCUGUUAAUAAUUCAGCUCAACCAAGAGAUCCAUGGGCACCUAUACCUUCCUCUCAAGGUACAGAUUUGAAUUCACCUUGGGCCCCAUUAUCUAAUGUCAGUCGAGAUACAAAUAAUCUAAAUUCACCUUGGACUAUACAACCCGCAAGAGAUCCGAAUUCAGCAUGGAUGAAGCAGGAUCAACAAUCUGUCAAUCCUUUCUUGUCUUAAUCUUCAGUAAAUAAAAGUUGAGUAUAUAUUUAUAUUAAUGAAUGUAACGGGUUUUUAUAUUUAUAUUCAGUAGAAUGCAUUUAGCCCAAUAGAAGAUACCUCAUUUCUGGCAUGGAGUUUAAUACUGCUUUUAGACUUCUAUAAACAUUUGUUUUUUAUAAUUUCUUCUUGACAAUAGUUACGAAUGUUGCAGCAAUGCUCCUGAAAUAUCACCUGAUACAUAAAUAGCAAUUGUUUAGUAAUUAUUUAGCAAAAUUUAUUAUUUUAUCUUUUCACCUUUAAUGUUAUAGCAUGCGGUAUAUUUUUUUAUGUAUAAUCUAAUUUAAUUUAAUAAAUUGAUUGUACAGUAACUAACUGCUCGAUGCAGGACUUAGAAAAUAAUAUCAAAAAAGGUUUCAUUAUGCGAAUAAAACAUAUAUCAUCAAGAACAAUGAAU